CGAACAGAAUUGCAACUCACAAUGAGCCUCAUCGAUACCCAUCACCACUUCGUCCCCGAAUUUUAUGCUCAAGCUGUCGAGGAUGCUGGAGGUGACCCUUCUGGUUGGCCGACACCUUCUUGGUCAGCCGAGGGCGACAUUGCGUUCAUGGACAAGAUUGGUGUGACCAAGGCUAUCUUGUCGCUGACUGCUCCUGGAGCAGUCAUCGCCUCAACGACCGAGAAGAGAAGAGCACUGGCCCGCAAGGCAAAUGAGUACGCUGCAGCCAAGUGUGAUGAAGAUUCACAGCGAUGGGGCUUUUUCGCAUCGUUGCCUUGCCUUCUCGAUACCGAAGGCGCUCUGGCGGAAAUCAGAUACGCCCUAGAUGUGUUGAAGGCUGAAGGUGUGACUUUAUUCACAAGAUACGGCUCAGGGAACCAAUACCUUGGUAGCCCUGAAUUCAAGCCUAUCUGGGAGGAAUUGAUUUCCAGAAAGGCUGUGGUCUUCAUUCACCCUACUCAUCCCGCUGAUACGACUCGAGUCAACCCUCUCCUGCCGCAGCCAGCCAUUGAUUAUCCCCAUGAGACCACGAGAACUGCUGUCGACAUGAUUAUCACCAACACAAAGAGAAGUUAUCCAGACUGCAAAGUGAUUCUCUCCCACGCCGGAGGGACGCUGCCCUUCUUGAUUACGCGCAUUUGCACCGUGUCGAAGGAAGCCGCUACGACCGCCCGCAUUUACGGGAAAUCCUCCGAGGAGAUCAUGGAAGACUUUCGGUCAUUCUACUUUGACUUGGCCCUCUCCAGUUCCGAGGCCGUUCUCAAGCUAGUUCUCGAAGUUAUUCCGCAUGAUCAUAUUACUUAUGGUUCUGAUUUUCCUUACGCGUCCCCCGACAAAUCACUUGGAUUCAAGCAAAUUCUAGAUGGCUUCCCGCUUGACCCAGAGCUACGCGAUAAGAUCUACUUUGGAAAUGCGAACAACCUUUUCAACAAGCCAUAGCAAUAUGGCUCUUGGGUGGGGGGGAAAAAGUGC